UUACAGUAGUGUGUGAGUGCUUUUUUUUAUGUGACAACAAAGUGUGCUAAAUAAACGACUUUAAAAAAGUUACUAAAACACUUCAAGCGGCAAAUUUGUUGCCAAAUAUCUGAUCUAAAUAAAUACAUAGCUCCAGCUACUCACUGAGUAUACGAGUAUAAAUGUAUGUAUGUUGAAAGCCUCUGUGAAUGACCGCCAAAUAGUUGAAACUAUUACAAGCAAAAAAAAAAAACACUUUUAAAGUAAACAAAAAUUACUUCACUUGAAGUUUGUGUUGUGAAGUAAUCGCGCUAUUAGGUAAUUUGGAUUUUUUACAAUCAUGCAGACCUUAAACGCUUCAGCGCUACUCGCUUUGAUCUGCUGUAAUGUUUUUCAGAUGACGUUUGCGAAAGAUUUUGCCUACUAUGGUGCCAUGGGACCCGAUCACUGGGGUGAGCAGUACAGUACGUGCAGUGGCAAACAUCAAAGUCCAAUCAACAUCGAUUCGCUUAAUGUGAUUCGGCGCACAUUCCCGCAACCACUCAAAUUCCAAUGGUUUCAGCUAACGCCCAAAAAUGCUGAAAUCCUAAAUAACGGCCACACUGUGGUGGUGCGCCUUGAAUACAAAGACGAACGUCCAACCAUAUCUGGUGGUCCACUUGAUGGUUCGUUCGCUUUCGAGCAACUGCACUUUCACUGGGGCGAUAAUGAUACGGUCGGUAGCGAGGAUCGCAUAAAUAAUGUAUCAUUCCCCGCAGAGUUGCAUAUGGUUUUUAGAAAUACAAAGUAUCAAACAUUUGGCGAAGCGGCAAAGCAUAGUAAUGGUGUGGCAGUUUUGGCAUAUUUUUACAAAAUAAUAGCAGAUGAUAACUCGGAUUAUGCUGAAUUCACUGAGCUGCUACAGCAUGUCAUCAAACCAAAUUCGGUAGCCAAGUUCGUCGAUCCGCCAAAUCUAUGGGAUUUCGUAAAUGUCUAUAUGGAGUAUUAUACCUAUGUAGGAUCGUUAACCACGCCGCCUUGCAGUGAGGAUGUGACUUGGAUUGAUUUUAAGGAACCAGUUGGCAUAUCAACCAAACAGAUUGAGCAUUUUCGACGUCUGCACUCGCACGAAAACACGCCAUUGACUCACAAUUUCCGUCCACUGCAGCCGCUUAAUGAUCGCACCGUCUUCUACUCGCUUCCAGUACCGGACCUCGAUGAUCCCGCCAUGGAUGCAAAUAGUGCAAUACCCUUUGUUGAUAAUUUGGCUGGUGGCGCAUCCAUGCGGAAGCCUAUUGAAAUCAAUUUCAUGGUCAUAAUGCUGAUAUUAAUUAGUUUAAUAACAACAACAAAGGCAGCGGCAUGUUUAGCUUAAGUAAGCAAAGAAAAUACUUAGUUAGAUAUUGUAAUAUGAAGUGGCUUGUAUUGCCUAUUAAUUUCAUGGUUAUUAUGUACUUGUCCAUUUGGUCGAUUUUUAUGGCCUAUAUGUAAGCCAUAUGUAUGUAUGUGCAUAUGUGCGUAUAUUAGAGAACGCGUACCACGCGUAAAAACAUAAUUUAAUACAACGCCAUCGAAUUGUUAAUUAAUACUAUCUAUAAUAUCUGUAAUUAAUUGUAUUUGAAAGGUAAUUUUCCCAAAUUAGAUUUACACACAUAAUUAUAGUAAAUAUGUAUAA